AUGGACUCUGACCUCAAUCCUCAGAGCCACAGAAAGACAGUUACAAAGUCAGCCUUCUAUCACCUGAAGAACCAGGAAUAUAUGAUUAGAAAAGCUGCACAGUCUGAUGGUUUUAUCAAACUGCCUGUCAGAGACAGUAAGGAGCUGGAUUACAUGUUUUACUUUGAUAUGAGGGAAUUAACCAACAUCCCACCAAUCACGAGUUUGGAGGAUCUUCUUUUCACUGCAUGCAGUGAACCAGAUGAGGGCAAAGAUGAAGUCUUACAUGAUAUAAAGAGCAACUCUGAUAACGUUACAGUCAUUUUAGAUGGAGUCACAGAUUUCUCUACAUCGGUUGUGAAAAAACUUGUAGACAAAGAUUUCUUACCUGAUGCUAAAAUCAUCAUUACCUGCAGACCAGAAGAUGAGGAAUACCUCUGUCCUGAAGACUGGCUCAGAGUGGAGGUGAAAGGCUUCAGUGAGGAAACAAUAAAGACAUAUUUGUCUUCAACUCUGGGUGAAGCUCACAGGAAGGUCCUGAGUAACGUGGAGCUGUUGACUCUUUGUCAUGUUCCAAUGUAUGCGCUGAUGGUGGCUGCCAGCUUUUCAUCUAAAGACUCUCUGCAGCCCAGAACUGUGACUGAAAUAUACAUCAAUAUUGUUCGAUUUGGUCUUCAGAUGAACAGCAACAAAACCAGGAUCAGGAACCUCAAUCAGUUCAUCAAAACCAAGAGAAACGGAAUCCUGUCUCUGGCCGAAGCUGCUUUUAAUGCAACCGAAAGAAAAGCUGUGAACCUGGAAGAACUUUCUGAGGAGAUUACUCAGAACUCUGAAGACAGAUGCAUCUUUUCCUUUCUGAAAGUACUGUAUGUAAAAGUUCCUCCUACUGAAACCAUAACUUUGUAUGCUUUCCUCCAUUACACCAUGCAGGAGUUUUUUGCAGCUCUGUGGCUUUUGGAGAAUCCUGAUAAGAUCAGGGAUGUUUUCCAGCAGUGCCUCACUGAGGAAAAUAAACACAUGAAGCAUCUGAUCCCGUUCAUGUGCCGUUUGUUGAAUGACAAGAGUCCACGUUUGAUGAGCUGUUUGAUUCCAGCUGAGGAGAUCAAGGAAACAUCUAGAUGGUUCUUCAAAGAGAUAAUUGACACAUUUUUCCAUCAGGCUGUCGCUAAUAUCAGUGAGCUUCAUGUAGACACAUUGUUCGUAUACCAGUGUUUGUUUGAGUCACAGAGCUCCGAAGUCUGCAUUUCCUUUCUGGACAAACUGGACUUCCAUCUUGACCUCAGUGGAGAGAAUCUGGACCCUUAUUCCUGCUGUGCUGUGGCCUAUGUGGUCACUCAGUCAAAGGAAAGGAAAAUAAGUCUGAACCUUCAGGAUGUGACAGUCACAACACAAGGAAUGAGACAUCUGUUUGGAUGUCUUCAAAAUGUUCAAUGGGUUUACCCUCUGCCUCAGCAGUUGUGGACUGUUGUCUUUCUCAGUGAAGGGCUGACAGAAUAUAUGACAUUAUUGCAUCGCUGUGGAAACCAGCUGUAUCUUCCAGUUGAAGGUAAAAAGCUGCUGUUUGAUAGAGCUGUGAAGGUUAUGCAGAAGUCAGCUACAAAGGUCAAUGUCUGCCUCCAGUGGACCCAAAGAGGUCAUGUCUGCCAGAGUCUGUGUGAAUCCCUGCUACAGGCUCUGCCAUACACACAUGAUCUCAGCUUUGAUCCUCGAAGCUCAGUACGUCAUGAACAAACCAGGUUGUUAGUGAAUCUGUUCUGUGCAGCAGCAGAGAGAGAACAGCAGACAGGAGAGAAGAUGCUGGAGAUGUUAGCAUCAGUCUGCAGAUAUAAAACAUUCCCUUUAUAUUAUAGUGGUAAACCUCAGAGUGACUUCCUGCUGGAUCUGUACUCCCAGAUGAAGGACAGAGAGACAAAAUCAGGUCUGAGUCUCCUUCCAUCAUUACAGUCAGUUUUCCAGUCAGCUCCUUUAUUCUGGACCAUAAAGCUGUCAGAGAGAAAGACCUCCAUCCUCCUGGAAGUGAUGAAACUCCAAUCAGAGAAGAAACUAGUGAUACUGACAGACUGCUCACAUGGAGAGAGUGAAGUGAGGAGUUUCCUGCAGUGUCUGCCUUUUAUCUUACAGCUCAGGUUUGAUCCUCUGAGCUCAGAUCUUCAUGAACAAACCAGGUUCUUAGUGAAUCUGUUCUGUGCAGCGGCAGAGAGAGAACAGCAGACGGGAGAGAAGAUGCUGGAGAUGUUAGCAUCAGUCUGCAGAUAUAAAACAUUCCCUUUAGAUGACAGAUGCAUGGCUAAUUUUGAAUAUGGAUACAGAAAAUAUCAGAGUGACUUCCUGCUGGAUCUGUACUCCCAGAUGAAGGACAGAGAGACUAAAUCAGGUCUGAGUCUCCUUCCAUCAUUACAGUCAGUUUUCCAGUCAGCUCCUGAAGUCUGGACCAUCAAGCUGUCAGAGAGAAAGACCUCCAUCCUCCUGGAAGUGAUGAAACUCCAACCAGAGAAGAAACCAGUGGAGGUGACAGACUGCUCACAUGGAGAGAGUGAAGUGAGGAGUUUCCUGCAGUUUCUGCCUUUUAUCUUACAGCUCAGUUCUCCUCCAGGGUUUUUCCAGAGUGUUUGUUCAUCUCUAUCAGUGAGAUCGAGAGAGGAGAUCCAUCAGCUGGUUUCUCUAUUGCAGCUUCAGAACUUCAACCUGCUGCUAACAGGAGUUUUACCCAGGAAAACCUGCAGCUCUGUGGGGAAAGUUCUCCCCCUGGUUGGAUCUAAAGUGGAUCUGAUCCUCACAGACAGCCGGAUGUCCGUCAGAGGAGCCGCUGUCCUCUUUAGAUCUACAACACAGCUCCACAGUCUGAGACUCUCCAGCAGUCUGGUCUUGUUCUUCUCUCAGUGGGUGAGAAGAGGCAGAGUGGCUUUUCCUCUGGUCCUAGAAGAGCUUUCUGUGGUUUCCACCAAAGCUCAGCCACAGAGAGUCUUGCUGAAGGUCGGCAGCAGUUUGGCGUCUCUGCUGAGGUUCUGGACAGUGGGACGGUUGGACCUGACCGAGUCCGGACUCCCUGUUCAGAGUCUCCUCAGUCUGCUGUUUCACGAUGGUCCUCUCACACUCAGACUGAGUGAAGAGAGACUCCAGCAGCUUCUGGUUCUCCUCCACGAGGUUCAGGACCAGAACCUGACGUCGUCCCUCUUGAAUAAGGUCGGUGGAGACCUGAGCUCCUGCCAGUUGAGCUGGGAGCUUCUUCACUUCCUGCUGCAACAGCCGACAAGUCAGACCAUCACCGUGAACCUGAAGAAGAACCGAUUCUUGGAGGAGAGAGCUGCUGAGCUGCUGCCCUUCCUGCACAGGAUGGUGAUUCAAAGGCCCAGUCCCAGCUUUGUUAGGACUUCCAUCAGGGAGAUCUUCAGGACUCAUCCCAGUCACAUGAUAUCCUGGUUGCUGAGGUCACUGGAUCUUGUGAUCAACCUGAACUGCACAGAGCUGGACUCAAAGGACUGCGACGCUCUGCUGUUCAUCCUCAGACACAGCGACGGAGUGAAACUGAAGCUGCUGUGGAGCUCCAUCCCAGCAGAGGGAAUCCAGUCCAUCCUCUCUGUGCUGCACAGAGUUUCUGAUCUCAGUGUGGACAGGAAUCUCCUGCUGAGGUUCAUCCACUGCUGCGCCGCCUCCGACAGCCAGCAGGGGGCAGCAUCGGGCCUGCUGAGGACUCUACGGCACAGGUUGGAUCUGUCCUGCUCCUCCUGCGUGGCGCUACCAGAAGAGGAUCAGACGGAGCCUCUGAGGUUGACGGCCGCCGACUGCGGGGCCGUCUCCACCGUCCUGAGACACAGCAGCAGGGACACGCAGCUGGACCUGAGAGACUGCGAGGUGGAGGACAGCGGGCUGGACCUGCUGUUUCCUGUCCUGGACGGAGUCCGUCUCAGAGUCAACAAGACGGUCCCGGUCCAGCUUCUGUCUCUGCUUGCCGCGAACAAUCAGAGGGACACCGCGAGACGAGCAACGUCCCUGUGCAGAGCCCUGGGAGGAGAACUGGACCUGAGUCACAGGCCACUGGAUCAGAGGCUCUGUGGAGCUCUGGCUCUGAUGCUGGACUACUCUGAAGAUCUAACAGAGCUGGACCUCAGCCACUGCCAGCUGACAGACCAGCUGCUGCUCCAACUCAUCACACAUCUGCACAAAGUCCACAACCUGGAUCUGAGUCACAAUCAGAUCACCGAUCUCUCCACUGAUGGGUUACUCCACCUCUUCUUCAUCAACCCGUCCAUUGAUUGUGUGAGACUGAACAACAACAACAUCAUCAACAAAACUCCUUUUAUGGGGAACAAGACGUUUGAAAUCUGGUGAAGCAGCUGUGAGUCAGCUGGUCAUGUGACCAACAGGAUCCUAAUUCCUCUGGUUUAAUCCAAAACUCUCCCUUCACUGGUAGAGUGUGACCUGUAAAUGGAGACCUUAGUCCUCAAUGUGGCUUUCACUGGGUUCUCUCCUGGCCUGAUGACCUUUGACCCAUGUUUUCCUCCCUUCUCAUAAUAAACUUUCCUUUUCAGCAACCGCUAAAUAAAGGCCCCAGGAGGGAAAUAAUACUGGACACUGCCUGGUAACACUGGUUAGUGUUCAGCAGUGGGGAGCAUCUUAGAUAAGAUAAGAUUGAUUAUGUCAUUGUCAUCAACAGAUUCCAAAUGAUGUUUGUUGAUAUGCAUUCAUGUUUUGGGGUUUGAUGUAUUGAUGCUAGAUUUAUCAUCACUCUCCUUUUUAUGUCGUUAGUAAUGGAAUCACUAAGGAAGGUUUUAUGAAAGUAAAUCAGAGAUGAAGCAGAAAUAGGUUCUGAUGAGUGCGUAUGUAUCUCUGUUGAUGUAUUAGAUUGUGUUUCUCCACUUUCCUUGCUGUUCCUCUUUUCCUUCUCAUCUGUUUCUAAUGAGUCAGCUGUUCCUUGUUCAAUAAUCCAAUAUAUCUAGAAAGCAUUCUCAGUCACUCCUUGCUGCUUGUUCUAGUUAAAUUAUGUUACUGUUCACUAUGUUGCUGUUUGUCUCCCUGGAUUCCUGGUUGUUGUUGUUGUUGUGCUGUCAUUGGCAGUGUAUUGAUUUGGUUUUUAUCAUUUAUUUCUCAUUAAACUUGAAGAACUACUCACUGCCUUCCUGUGUUAGACUCUGUCAUCAUUGGAUAACAUCAUCCCAGUGUCUCUCUAGAUCUCAGGAACCAUCCAGUGCCGGCAGAUUAGUGAGUAAAACCAGUGCGGUUGUUGAACUGGAAAUGUUGAAAUGUAUUUAGCUUCCUGCACAUGUAUGUUGCUCAGCUUCAAUCAGUUGACAGGUAGAUGAUAUACAGAAAGCUUGAUCUAGGAGUGGUUCUCUAAUUAUCAGGAGAAAGAUGUUUUUCAUAUGGUUGUGUUAGAAAUGUGAUUAACAAUCAAAAAGAUGAAUAAGGAACUAAAAACCAAACCAAAACAUAAUUUGACAUACGUUUAAGAAGAUACUUAAUGUGAUACUGUAAGUGUAAUCAAUAUAUGUGGCAGAUUCUAUGUUAGUUAUAUCACCAUGUAUUUAGUGAUGUUGAUGUACAAGCAGACAGUAGGAUAUCAAUGUAUAUUGUAAUGAAAUAUCAGUGGAGCCAUAAUGAACUAUGAUGUUGUUAGACAAUGUAAGAGGUAAUAGAACAUCAUCUUUACACAAUGUCUAUUCAAUGUUACACAUUGUAAUGUCUAUGUUAAUGUACAAGUUUUAUUGUAAUCUACUUUAACCCACAAAAGGUUUUACUCACUCAGCAAAUGUCUUUGAAAUAAUUCAGUCCAGGUCGGAGGAUUGUUGUGAAUAUUGGAGUCAUUUAAUAGGAAUUAGUGCCGUACAGGAUAGUUAUGCUAAUGUCAGGAUUUGUCAUCUAAGGAGUGUCAGUGGACAACAAGAGUAAAGUUAGACUGUUGAAUGUAAUCAGUAAGUACUUUGUAUCAAUGUGUAAUGUUUUAGAAUGUAAAAUAAGUUCAAUGUUUCCAGAAACCGAGUCUCUGUCGCCCAGUGUGACCUGAACAUGCGACCAUGUGCUUGUGCUCUGUUCAGUGGACCUGCAGCGGCAGUGAGACGUUCCAGUGAAGGAAGAGUUGCUGCUUUCACAGGACAGCGAAUCUCCACUGGGUGAUGGUGGGUUAGUGCUUUGGUAUGACGUAUGUAUAUGAAAUGGAGUAUCUUCAAAUCACGUAUAAUUAGCAGCUCUGGAUAAUGUAAGACUAGAUGUAGUAUAAAUGAAAGUCAGUCCAAUAUGUAGCAAAUGUAAUAUGUUUUAAAAUGAAGUAUAUCAGCAGGUUUAAGGUGAAUAAUUCAAUAUAAUAUGUCUUAUCUCAGAUUAACAUGAGAGUAAAAGGUGCCAUCAUGUGGGCAAAUGAAAUCACUAUACAAUAGUGACAUGUGUUUGUUAGGGGAUAGAAGGAAGCGAAUCUUCGUAUCUGUUCCACGUAUACAUGUAAAACUCAGCAUGAAGGGAGUUUAGUGUGUUUAGUGUAGCAUUUGUAUCACACAUGAUAGGAUAUUACUGGUAGUGAAAUAUGUCUCUGUGAAGAAUUAUUUGGUAGCAUAAGUGUGUAGUUAUUUCAAAGUAAAAUCACUGUUUUAAAGGUGUAAAAGUGAAAUCCCUAAGCUCAGUCAUGAGAUGAAUAGAUCUGUCAGAACAGAAGUGUUCUUAGAUGUUACAGUUUCUGGAUUGUAGCUGAAACCAAUGUAGAAGUUAGAGAGUAGAUUUUCUGAGGGAUCUGUUGAGGUAAUAAUGUCUUUAAAUCAGCAUGUCAGGGCAAAAGAGGGAAGCUUCAUGUUAAGGUCCAUUGAUGAAGUAAAUAUGUCAGGUUUUGCUCUGUUAAGGAAGUUACUGGUGAAAUGACUGGGAUGUAUUUCAAAAGGUGUCGGAGUCUGAAUAGUACAGAGUUCCUCUAUUUAGUAAUAUGUGUGAGGUUUUCUAGGAACACAAGCAGAAGACAAAAUAAUGUUUCAAGUAUCUUUUAUGAAGAUUGUGCUUAGAAUCUCUUUUUCAAACUAUUGUGUUAGUAUCCAUCAUGACAUGUCUCCCAAUACAAAUGUAGGAUUGAGUCAACUUAUCUUAACUUAGAGUGUAGCCAGAAUCUAUCUAACUGUAUUUUGCUGUAACUUUGAAGAAUUUAAACUAGAAGUUGUGUUAAACCAAAGUUAGAUGAAUAGAAUAAAUGUUGGAUGUCAUUAGCAAUAAAAGAGAUCAUAUUAAAUAGAAGUGACCCCCCCCCCCACAGAAAAUCUCAAAGUGAUGCUAAGAUGAGGUUUAACAGCAUAAUUCUUAGUGCUAAAGUCAAAUUUGUUAGCAAAGGUUUAAUCUGAGCUUAGUGAGACAUUCUACACAGUAGAACAGGGAUUAUCCCAGUAUGUUAUGGUGCUGAAAGCAGUUAUGAAGAUCAAGCACAGAAAAACAGGGGAAUAAUUCAAUGUUUAUUUGUUUGUAAGGGAAUCAAAGAAUGAUGGACAGAAAAAGGGCAAAGACGUGGCAUAUUGACCAUAUGUAGGAAACUGCAUACAGUCUUCAUAACCCAGCAUAAAGUGUUCUAGUUACUGUUAAACAUGUGGUCUAGUCAUUAUGAAGACAUAAUGAGGAAAGAAUGGAUAGUUUUAUGAACAGU